GUAUUCACAACCCAUUAUUUCACAAUUAUACAUUUCUUAUCAGACGAGCCACUCGGAACAGCUUGUUAACAUGAAGAUAUUAAUUUCGUUUUUUCUCUUAGUUUGGCAUAUACUGUACUCGGUAGCUUAUUCAGAUAUUGACAUUCGAGAUGAAGUUAAAGAGAUUCGGAAACUUUUGGAGAAACAAAACGCGAAAAUCAAAAUCCUCGAAAACGAAAACGAAGUUUUGAAGAAGGAAGUAGGUGAACUAAAAGAGACUGUGGCUAAAUUUAGUGAACACAUCCCAAAUCAAGAGGACGAGAGCGAAGGUUGGACGGGAUCGCAAACCUUAUCAAAGAAAGAUACACGGCGAUUGCUCCUCCCGAACACAGAUACCCCGACAACGAUUCCCGUCACGCCCGUGGCGUUUUAUGCCUAUAUGUCAGCCAAUGAAGCACCUCCAAGUAAUCACUUCACUUUCAAAUUCGACGUCGUAAAGACCAACGUGGGAAACGCUUAUAAUAAGCAUAGUGGAACAUUUGUUGCUCCCGAGACGGGGGUAUACGUCUUCACAUAUACCGUAUAUUCUCACGUUCAUGGUGCCAUCUCGUUAAACAUUUUCGUAAAUGAAGACAUGUAUGGUGGAUCUAUAAGUGAUACUCAAGACGCUGGUGACUAUGACUCCGAAACAACAACUAUUGUUGCUUCUCUCAAUAACGGGGAUAGCGUCAAUGUUCGUACCACUCAAGCAAGUACUGCCACUGUUUUGAGCUCUGGGCAGGCUAAAACUACAUUUUCUGGAUGGAAAAUAGGUGGAUUUUAAAAUGAUAAAUCUAGAUAUUCAUUCACAGCUUUUUUAAAAGAUUUUUUCCGGGAUUUGCUUUUUGAAAAAUAAAAAACCACGCGGAUUAGACUGUUCAAUUUUUACUAAUAUUUUAAAGUUAAAUUUAUGGAGAUAAUUCGGACCCAAAGUAGGACGCAGGGUCACCCUAUUUUAGUAUGGCCCUAUUUUUAUUAACUACCUUCAACACAGUUUACUAAGCUAUAAAAAUAGUCCCAGAUAAAAGUGAAAACACAAUGCAGAUAUCUGCGAAGAUAAUACACCCUGCUUAAGCUUUAAUAAGUAAGCAAAGCUGUAUAGAUCAUUUAUGUCAUCAUUUCCAAAAAAACAAAAAAAAAAACAAAAAAAAAACAAAAAACAAAACCAAAAAUACACUAAUUUGAAUGAGCAUUCAUUGUUAUCAGCAUUCCCAUUACAAAGUUUCCAAAAUACCAGAAUGUGAUAUGAACAUAACAUAUAAACGAUACGAUGCAGUGAUAUCAAACUGGGAAUA